AGUUGGAAGUUGGCCCUGGCAGGUUAGUCUGCAGGGAUUUGGCAGCCAUGUUUGUGGUGGUUCCCUCAUCAACAGAGAGUGGGUGAUGUCUGCUGCUCACUGCUUCUUCAGUACCAGUACGUCAGGAUGGCAGAUUUCUCUCGGCCGUCAGAACCUACAGGGCAACAACCCCAACGAAGUGUCCAGAACCGUUGCCAGAAUCAUUUUGCAUCCAAACUAUGACAGUGACACCAGCAACAAUGACAUUGCUCUGCUCAAACUCUCCUCACCAGUCAAAUUCACAGACUACAUCAGACCUGUGUGUCUGGCAGCCAGUGACAGUGUGUUCAACAACGGUACUGAUAGCUGGGUCACUGGUUGGGGCGCAGUAGAGGAGGGAGUGUCAUUGCCGUUCCCUGAAACCCUUCAAGAAGUGGAGGUGCCAGUUCUGGGAAACAGACAGUGUAACUGUCUCAAUGGAGUCGGUACAGUCACAGACAACAUGAUCUGUGCUGGUGUUCUGGCAGGAGGCAAAGACUCUUGUCAGGGUGACUCAGGAGGUCCAAUGGUGAACCAGCAGGGCUCCGUCUGGGUCCAGUCUGGAAUUGUUAGUUUUGGUUUUGGCUGUGCUCGGCCCAAUCUGCCGGGAGUCUACUCCAGAGUGUCCAGUUACCAGUCCUGGAUCAACUCCCACAUCAGCUCUGAUAAGCCAGGCUUUGUCCAGUUCACCUCCAGUGGGCUGGAUGCUGACAGCAGCUACACCUGUCCUGGUCUGCCACCUCCUGUUAUUACUGCUACUACUACUACUGCUACUUGUACUGGAGGACCAGCUACAACUGCAGAACCAGGAUCCACAACAUCUAGUGCUGAAUUGUGUGGCAUCACUCCUCUCAACACCAAGAUAGUUGGCGGUGAAGACGCUCCAGUUGGAAGUUGGCCCUGGCAGGUUAGUCUGCAGGGAUUUGGCAGCCAUGUUUGUGGUGGUUCCCUCAUCAACAGAGAGUGGGUGAUGUCUGCUGCUCACUGCUUCUUCAGUACCAGUACGUCAGGAUGGCAGAUUUCUCUCGGCCGUCAGAACCUACAGGGCAACAACCCCAACGAAGUGUCCAGAACCGUUGCCAGAAUCAUUUUGCAUCCAAACUAUGACAGUGACACCAGCAACAAUGACAUUGCUCUGCUCAAACUCUCCUCACCAGUCAAAUUCACAGACUACAUCAGACCUGUGUGUCUGGCAGCCAGUGACAGUGUGUUCAACAACGGUACUGAUAGCUGGGUCACUGGUUGGGGCGCAGUAGAGGAGGGAGUGUCAUUGCCGUUCCCUGAAACCCUUCAAGAAGUGGAGGUGCCAGUUCUGGGAAACAGACAGUGUAACUGUCUCAAUGGAGUCGGUACAGUCACAGACAACAUGAUCUGUGCUGGUGUUCUGGCAGGAGGCAAAGACUCUUGUCAGGGUGACUCAGGAGGUCCAAUGGUGAACCAGCAGGGCUCCGUCUGGGUCCAGUCUGGAAUUGUUAGUUUUGGUUUUGGCUGUGCUCGGCCCAAUCUGCCGGGAGUCUACUCCAGAGUGUCCAGUUACCAGUCCUGGAUCAACUCCCACAUCAGCUCUGAUAAGCCAGGCUUUGUCCAGUUCACCUCCAGUGGGCUGGAUGCUGACAGCAGCUACACCUGUCCUGGUCUGCCACCUCCUGUUAUUACUGCUACUACUACUACUGCUACUGGUACUGGAGGACCAGCUACAACUGCAGAACCAGGAUCCACAACAUCUAGUGCUGAAUUGUGUGGCAUCACUCCUCUGAACACCAAGAUAGUUGGCGGUGAAGACGCUCCAGUUGGAAGUUGGCCCUGGCAGGUUAGUCUGCAGGGAUUUGGCAGCCAUGUUUGUGGUGGUUCCCUCAUCAACAGAGAGUGGGUGAUGUCUGCUGCUCACUGCUUCUUCAGUACCAGUACGUCAGGAUGGCAGAUUUCUCUCGGCCGUCAGAACCUACAGGGCAACAACCCCAACGAAGUGUCCAGAACCGUUGCCAGAAUCAUUUUGCAUCCAAACUAUGACAGUGACACCAGCAACAAUGACAUUGCUCUGCUCAAACUCUCCUCACCAGUCAAAUUCACAGACUACAUCAGACCUGUGUGUCUGGCAGCCAGUGACAGUGUGUUGAACAACGGUACUGAUAGCUGGGUCACUGGUUGGGGCGCAGUAGAGGAGGGAGUGUCAUUGCCGUUCCCUGAAACCCUUCAAGAAGUGGAGGUGCCAGUUCUGGGAAACAGACAGUGUAACUGUCUCAAUGGAGUCGGUACAGUCACAGACAACAUGAUCUGUGCUGGUGUUCUGGCAGGAGGCAAAGACUCUUGUCAGGGUGACUCAGGAGGUCCAAUGGUGAACCAGCAGGGCUCCGUCUGGGUCCAGUCUGGAAUUGUUAGUUUUGGUUUUGGCUGUGCUCGGCCCAAUCUGCCGGGAGUCUACUCCAGAGUGUCCAGUUACCAGUCCUGGAUCAACUCCCACAUCAGCUCUGAUAAGCCAGGCUUUGUCCAGUUCACCUCCAGUGGGCUGGAUGCUGACAGCAGCUACACCUGUCCUGGUCUGCCACCUCCUGUUAUUACUGCUACUACUACUACUGCUACUGGUACUGGAGGACCAGCUACAACUGCAGAACCAGGAUCCACAACAUCUAGUGCUGAAUUGUGUGGCAUCACUCCUCUGAACACCAAGAUAGUUGGCGGUGAAGACGCUCCAGUUGGAAGUUGGCCCUGGCAGGUUAGUCUGCAGGGAUUUGGCAGCCAUGUUUGUGGUGGUUCCCUCAUCAACAGAGAGUGGGUGAUGUCUGCUGCUCACUGCUUCUUCAGUACCAGUACGUCAGGAUGGCAGAUUUCUCUCGGCCGUCAGAACCUACAGGGCAACAACCCCAACGAAGUGUCCAGAACCGUUGCCAGAAUCAUUUUGCAUCCAAACUAUGACAGUGACACCAGCAACAAUGACAUUGCUCUGCUCAAACUCUCCUCACCAGUCAAAUUCACAGACUACAUCAGACCUGUGUGUCUGGCAGCCAGUGACAGUGUGUUCAACAACGGUACUGAUAGCUGGGUCACUGGUUGGGGCGCAGUAGAGGAGGGAGUGUCAUUGCCGUUCCCUGAAACCCUUCAAGAAGUGGAGGUGCCAGUUCUGGGAAACAGACAGUGUAACUGUCUCAAUGGAGUCGGUACAGUCACAGACAACAUGAUCUGUGCUGGUGUUCUGGCAGGAGGCAAAGACUCUUGUCAGGGUGACUCAGGAGGUCCAAUGGUGAACCAGCAGGGCUCCGUCUGGGUCCAGUCUGGAAUUGUUAGUUUUGGUUUUGGCUGUGCUCGGCCCAAUCUGCCGGGAGUCUACUCCAGAGUGUCCAGUUACCAGUCCUGGAUCAACUCCCACAUCAGCUCUGAUAAGCCAGGCUUUGUCCAGUUCACCUCCAGUGGGCUGGAUGCUGACAGCAGCUACACCUGUCCUGGUCUGCCACCUCCUGUUAUUACUGCUACUACUACUACUGCUACUGGUACUGGAGGACCAGCUACAACUGCAGAACCAGGAUCCACAACAUCUAGUGCUGAAUUGUGUGGCAUCACUCCUCUGAACACCAAGAUAGUUGGCGGUGAAGACGCUCCAGUUGGAAGUUGGCCCUGGCAGGUUAGUCUGCAGGGAUUUGGCAGCCAUGUUUGUGGUGGUUCCCUCAUCAACAGAGAGUGGGUGAUGUCUGCUGCUCACUGCUUCUUCAGUACCAGUACGUCAGGAUGGCAGAUUUCUCUCGGCCGUCAGAACCUACAGGGCAACAACCCCAACGAAGUGUCCAGAACCGUUGCCAGAAUCAUUUUGCAUCCAAACUAUGACAGGGACACCAGCAACAAUGACAUUGCUCUGCUCAAACUCUCCUCACCAGUCAAAUUCACAGACUACAUCAGACCUGUGUGUCUGGCAGCCAGUGACAGUGUGUUCAACAACGGUACUGAUAGCUGGGUCACUGGUUGGGGCGCAGUAGAGGAGGGAGUGUCAUUGCCGUUCCCUGAAACCCUUCAAGAAGUGGAGGUGCCAGUUCUGGGAAACAGACAGUGUAACUGUCUCAAUGGAGUCGGUACAGUCACAGACAACAUGAUCUGUGCUGGUGUUCUGGCAGGAGGCAAAGACUCUUGUCAGGGUGACUCAGGAGGUCCAAUGGUGAACCAGCAGGGCUCCGUCUGGGUCCAGUCUGGAAUUGUUAGUUUUGGUUUUGGCUGUGCUCGGCCCAAUCUGCCGGGAGUCUACUCCAGAGUGUCCAGUUACCAGUCCUGGAUCAACUCCCACAUCAGCUCUGAUAAGCCAGGCUUUGUCCAGUUCACCUCCAGUGGGCUGGAUGCUGACAGCAGCUACACCUGUCCUGGUCUGCCACCUCCUGUUAUUACUGCUACUACUACUACUGCUACUGGUACUGGAGGACCAGCUACAACUGCAGAACCAGGAUCCACAACAUCUAGUGCUGAAUUGUGUGGCAUCACUCCUCUGAACACCAAGAUAGUUGGCGGUGAAGACGCUCCAGUUGGAAGUUGGCCCUGGCAGGUUAGUCUGCAGGGAUUUGGCAGCCAUGUUUGUGGUGGUUCCCUCAUCAACAGAGAGUGGGUGAUGUCUGCUGCUCACUGCUUCUUCAGUACCAGUACGUCAGGAUGGCAGAUUUCUCUCGGCCGUCAGAACCUACAGGGCAACAACCCCAACGAAGUGUCCAGAACCGUUGCCAGAAUCAUUUUGCAUCCAAACUAUGACAGGGACACCAGCAACAAUGACAUUGCUCUGCUCAAACUCUCCUCACCAGUCAAAUUCACAGACUACAUCAGACCUGUGUGUCUGGCAGCCAGUGACAGUGUGUUCAACAACGGUACUGAUAGCUGGGUCACUGGUUGGGGCGCAGUAGAGGAGGGAGUGUCAUUGCCGUUCCCUGAAACCCUUCAAGAAGUGGAGGUGCCAGUUCUGGGAAACAGACAGUGUAACUGUCUCAAUGGAGUCGGUACAGUCACAGACAACAUGAUCUGUGCUGGUGUUCUGGCAGGAGGCAAAGACUCUUGUCAGGGUGACUCAGGAGGUCCAAUGGUGAACCAGCAGGGCUCCGUCUGGGUCCAGUCUGGAAUUGUUAGUUUUGGUUUUGGCUGUGCUCGGCCCAAUCUGCCGGGAGUCUACUCCAGAGUGUCCAGUUACCAGUCCUGGAUCAACUCCCACAUCAGCUCUGAUAAGCCAGGCUUUGUCCAGUUCACCUCCAGUGGGCUGGAUGCUGACAGCAGCUACACCUGUCCUGGUCUGCCACCUCCUGUUAUUACUGCUACUACUACUACUGCUACUGGUACUGGAGGACCAGCUACAACUACAGAACCAGGAUCCACAACAUCUAGUGCUGAAUUGUGUGGCAUCACUCCUCUGAACACCAAGAUAGUUGGCGGUGAAGACGCUCCAGUUGGAAGUUGGCCCUGGCAGGUUAGUCUGCAGGGAUUUGGCAGCCAUGUUUGUGGUGGUUCCCUCAUCAACAGAGAGUGGGUGAUGUCUGCUGCUCACUGCUUCUUCAGUACCAGUACGUCAGGAUGGCAGAUUUCUCUCGGCCGUCAGAACCUACAGGGCAACAACCCCAACGAAGUGUCCAGAACCGUUGCCAGAAUCAUUUUGCAUCCAAACUAUGACAGGGACACCAGCAACAAUGACAUUGCUCUGCUCAAACUCUCCUCACCAGUCAAAUUCACAGACUACAUCAGACCUGUGUGUCUGGCAGCCAGUGACAGUGUGUUCAACAACGGUACUGAUAGCUGGGUCACUGGUUGGGGCGCAGUAGAGGAGAGAGUGUCAUUGCCGUUCCCUGAAACCCUUCAAGAAGUGGAGGUGCCAGUUCUGGGAAACAGACAGUGUAACUGUCUCAAUGGAGUCGGUACAGUCACAGACAACAUGAUCUGUGCUGGUGUUCUGGCAGGAGGCAAAGACUCUUGUCAGGGUGACUCAGGAGGUCCAAUGGUGAACCAGCAGGGCUCCGUCUGGGUCCAGUCUGGAAUUGUUAGUUUUGGUUUUGGCUGUGCUCGGCCCAAUCUGCCGGGAGUCUACUCCAGAGUGUCCAGUUACCAGUCCUGGAUCAACUCCCACAUCAGCUGUGAUAAGCCAGGCUUUGUCCAGUUCACCUCCAGUGGGCUGGAUGCUGACAGCAGCUACACCUGUCCUGGUCUGCCACCUCCUGUUAUUACUGCUACUACUACUACUGCUACUGGUACUGGAGGACCAGCUACAACUACAGAACCAGGAUCCACAACAUCUAGUGCUGAAUUGUGUGGCAUCACUCCUCUGAACACCAAGAUAGUUGGCGGUGAAGACGCUCCAGUUGGAAGUUGGCCCUGGCAGGUUAGUCUGCAGGGAUUUGGCAGCCAUGUUUGUGGUGGUUCCCUCAUCAACAGAGAGUGGGUGAUGUCUGCUGCUCACUGCUUCUUCAGUACCAGUACGUCAGGAUGGCAGAUUUCUCUCGGCCGUCAGAACCUACAGGGCAACAACCCCAACGAAGUGUCCAGAACCGUUGCCAGAAUCAUUUUGCAUCCAAACUAUGACAGGGACACCAGCAACAAUGACAUUGCUCUGCUCAAACUCUCCUCACCAGUCAAAUUCACAGACUACAUCAGACCUGUGUGUCUGGCAGCCAGUGACAGUGUGUUCAACAACGGUACUGAUAGCUGGGUCACUGGUUGGGGCGCAGUAGAGGAGGGAGUGUCAUUGCCGUUCCCUGAAACCCUUCAAGAAGUGGAGGUGCCAGUUCUGGGAAACAGACAGUGUAACUGUCUCAAUGGAGUCGGUACAGUCACAGACAACAUGAUCUGUGCUGGUGUUCUGGCAGGAGGCAAAGACUCUUGUCAGGGUGACUCAGGAGGUCCAAUGGUGAACCAGCAGGGCUCCGUCUGGGUCCAGUCUGGAAUUGUUAGUUUUGGUUUUGGCUGUGCUCGGCCCAAUCUGCCGGGAGUCUACUCCAGAGUGUCCAGUUACCAGUCCUGGAUCAACUCCCACAUCAGCUCUGAUAAGCCAGGCUUUGUCCAGUUCACCUCCAGUGGGCUGGAUGCUGACAGCAGCUACACCUGUCCUGGUCUGCCACCUCCUGUUAUUACUGCUACUACUACUACUGCUACUGGUACUGGAGGACCAGCUACAACUACAGAACCAGGAUCCACAACAUCUAGUGCUGAAUUGUGUGGCAUCACUCCUCUGAACACCAAGAUAGUUGGCGGUGAAGACGCUCCAGUUGGAAGUUGGCCCUGGCAGGUUAGUCUGCAGGGAUUUGGCAGCCAUGUUUGUGGUGGUUCCCUCAUCAACAGAGAGUGGGUGAUGUCUGCUGCUCACUGCUUCUUCAGUACCAGUACGUCAGGAUGGCAGAUUUCUCUCGGCCGUCAGAACCUACAGGGCAACAACCCCAACGAAGUGUCCAGAACCGUUGCCAGAAUCAUUUUGCAUCCAAACUAUGACAGUGACACCAGCAACAAUGACAUUGCUCUGCUCAAACUCUCCUCACCAGUCAAAUUCACAGACUACAUCAGACCUGUGUGUCUGGCAGCCAGUGACAGUGUGUUCAACAACGGUACUGAUAGCUGGGUCACUGGUUGGGGCGCAGUAGAGGAGGGAGUGUCAUUGCCGUUCCCUGAAACCCUUCAAGAAGUGGAGGUGCCAGUUCUGGGAAACAGACAGUGUAACUGUCUCAAUGGAGUCGGUACAGUCACAGACAACAUGAUCUGUGCUGGUGUUCUGGCAGGAGGCAAAGACUCUUGUCAGGGUGACUCAGGAGGUCCAAUGGUGAACCAGCAGGGCUCCGUCUGGGUCCAGUCUGGAAUUGUUAGUUUUGGUUUUGGCUGUGCUCGGCCCAAUCUGCCGGGAGUCUACUCCAGAGUGUCCAGUUACCAGUCCUGGAUCAACUCCCACAUCUGCUCUGAUAAGCCAGGCUUUGUCCAGUUCACCUCCAGUGGGCUGGAUGCUGACAGCAGCUACACCUGUCCUGGUCUGCCAGUGUCAUCAACAACUUCAUCAACAACAAGACCAAGUACUACUACCCAAAUUUUAACCAGUCCUGGAAGUACAGUGUGUGGUAAAGCACCCAUGAACAGUCUAACUGUAGGUGACAGUGGUGUUGUACCUGGAGGGACCUGGCCUUGGUUGGUUAGUCUCCACAAAAAUGGGGUGUACACUUGUGGAGGAACCCUAAUUGCAAAAAACUUUGUUCUCACUUCUGCCCAGUGCUUCUCUACCUCCAAUCCAGAUGUCAGUGAGUGGAGUGUGUUUCUUGGUCAGCGUCUUGUGGACGGCUCUGAAGAGUUUGAGACGUCUCUGGGCGUUGUGAAAAUUACAGUGAGCAAAAUGACAGAUUUUAAUAUUGCCCUGCUGCAGCUGACGAAGCCAGUCAGCUUCAAAGAUUACAUCCAGCCUGUGUGUAUGGACGUUAGUGCUUCCAGAACCUUCCCCAUUGGAAGUCGGUGCUGGGUUGCAGGCUGGGAGAAGGGCAGUAAGAACAGAGCUGGCUCAGUCCUUCGAGAUCUUGAAACUCAAGUGGCAAGUUGUGGAGAUGUUUCUGAUUCAGAGAACAUUUGCACUUAUACCAUGGACCUUCAAGAGGUAACCAUUUUUAACAGUGAUUCUAAAAUCGUUUUGCCUUGUCACCAAUGCAGGAGUUUUCACAUUGGGAGCGUCGGGACCUCACUGAUGAUGAAUCCUCUUUUUUUUAUAUUUGCAGGGGGAUCAGGGCAGCCCCCUGCUGUGCAAGUCCGACUCAUCCUGGUUUCAGGUUGCCGUUGUAACAAUGAGUGGAAGUAAAUCGGUCCGUGCUGAUGUUCAGGUCUUUGCCAAAACUUCGAGAUUCGGGUCCUUCUUAAAGGAGACAGUUGGCGAC